GGAUCGCACGGCGGCGCAGACAAGUCGUCACAUUCAUUUCGUUUUUUACGACCAUGGGCCAGGCCUCGUUUGGCUUCCCGCUCCACACUCACACACAGCAGGAAACCACGUUUCUCUGCUGUGUGUGUUUGGAGCAUGUCAGCAUCUAUCAUGCCUUUCGGCCGGCAUGCAACCAUCCCACGUGCAGAGCAUGCCUGACCGAAUACGUCAAGACGAAGACAAACGACGGCGAGGUCAACGGUAUGGCCUUGAACACACACCAGAGCUCUUGCUCUUUCUGUCUGUCUAAUAUGUGUGUUUCAGACAAAGAUCUCAUCUGCCCGCACCACGACUGCAAGGCGGUGAGAACGAAGAAGUCCCAUGCACGACUCGGAGCGCGCCAUUGCAUGUUGUGGUCGUCAGAAGCUGCGCACAGAUGACAUUCUUGACCUCCUCCAGCACGAGCCGGAGACCCUCACGAAGUUCCUCGACUUCAAGUAACCAAAGACGCGCACGAGACGAAUACAGCCAACACUUCUUUUUUCAGAGCCCAACACUUCAAGCCUGAAGGGCGGGACGCGUUCGAGUGCAUCAUGUUUCAGUGCCCCACGCCUAACUGCGCAUGGAGUAUGGUUCCCAGCGACGCGAUGAAGGCAAGUAAACAGACGUGAUGAGUGCACAUCAAUCAUGCUUUGAUCGUGAUCGUGCAGGUGCAGUGUCUGGGUUGCAAGAAGUACUGGUGCCCCCAGUGUUCGGGGGAGCCUCACCUUCCCUACACAUGCCAGGAGGCGCCCGACGAGCGGGUCAAGCAGUGUCUGCGGGAUAUUGGCGGACACGUACGCAUAUACGCAUUCGAGCGACUGUCGACCUUCUCGACAGUGAAUACCGUGUGUGACUGUCUUGCAGCAAUGUCCCGCGUGCGGCAUGGGCAUCGAGAAGAAGGGCGGCUGCCAGUUCAUGCGGUGCAAACUGGUCAGGGCAUAAGGCGUCAACUUUGCAUAUUGCUUGAUCAUCCUUCGUGUGUCUGAUUUGCGAUUUGCAGUGCAACCACACGUACUGCAACGUUUGCGGCGCAUCCGUCACUCCCGCCGAGGUAAGCCGGUGACCUACACGUACCAUCCAUCUGCCAACCAAGAUGCCCUCUUAUCCAUGCAGGAACACGCUCACCUGAAGUUCGGCCUAUUCGCAAAUGCGUGCGUGAACGUCCCCAAGACUGGCUAGACCGAAGACCUCGGGGUCAAGAGGCGGGUUGGGUGCGUGUUGCCUGUGCCCGCGUCUGUCUGUGCAUGUGGACCGGGUCAGCGGUGAAGGUGACAACCAGCUAGGCACAUACACACACACACACACACACAGAGAGAGAGAGAGAGAGAGAGUAUUCCGAAAGUGUCUUCAGUGCAUGUGUGUCGAGCUGUCAACCGGGCCUUGUGACGUGCGUAUGGAUGUGUGUUGUGUGUGCCAACACCAAUCAUGCCAUGCAUGCUCACUGGCUGACUGGCUGGCUGAAGUGGAUCGAUGCAGUGAGGCCGACGUGUCCACACUCUCUUUUGAACAGUCGCU